AAGCCGCUCGUUUGACAGAAGGGAGGACCGGACGGGACUCUCUCUCGGCGGCGGCGGAGACUUGUGACAGCGGCGUACCGUCAUGGACAGGACGGCCGUGGUGAAGGUCGGAGCCGCGGCCAGUGCCAGCGUCUGUGCCCUGUUCGGCGGCGUGGUUCUGGCCCAGUACAUCGUCGCGAAGAAGAAGCGAGCGGGAAAGAAAACUCGGAUCAUAGAGAUGAUGCCUCAGUUUGAGAAGUCGACGGUCCACAUGAAGGACCCGGAGAAGGUGGAGCAGAUCAUCUGUAGCCUCAUCAAAGGAGGAGCGUCCAAACUACAGAUCAUCACAGACUUCGACAUGACGUUAAGCAAGUUUGCGGUCAACGGCAAACGCUGCCCGACAUGUCACAAUAUCAUUGAUAACUGUAAGCUGGUGACAGAGGAGUGCAGGCAGAAGCUGCUGCAGCUGAAGAACAAAUAUUAUCCCAUCGAGAUCGACCCUCAACUCACCAUGGAGGAGAAAUACCCGUUCAUGGUGGAGUGGUAUUUCAAGUCUCACACGCUUCUGGUGGAGCAGCGGUUAGAGAAAGACAAACUGUCCGAGGUGGUGAGAGAGUCUGACGCUGCGCUCAGGGAAGGUUACGAGCAGUUCUUUGACCGCCUGCAGCAGCACACUGUUCCUGUCUUCAUCUUCUCCGCCGGCCUGGGCGACGUCCUGGAGGAAAUCAUCCGCCAGGCCGGCGUCUACCACCCCAACGUCAAGGUGGUCUCCAACUUCAUGGACUUUGACGACAACGGCGUCCUCAAAGGUUUCAAAGGCGAGCUGAUCCACGUGUACAACAAACACGACGGCGCCCUGCGGAACACGGAGUACUUCAAACAGGUGAAGGAAUACCACAACAUCAUCCUGAUGGGAGACUCGCUGGGGGACCUCAGCAUGGCCGACGGCGUGCCCAACGUGGAGAACAUCCUCAAGAUCGGCUUCCUCAACGACAAGGUGGAAGAGCGACUGGACAAAUAUCUGGACUCUUAUGACAUCGUCCUGGUGAAGGACGAGACGCUGGAAGUGCCCAACGCCAUCCUCCAGAAGGUUCUAUAACUCUCCCCCCCCCCCCCCCCACCGACACGUCGGAGCCUGUCAGACUCCAAACACCAACCCAAAGCUUUGUCACUGCUCCGAAUCAUCUCUGUUUAACUCCACCUGGGUCACCUUCCAGCUCUGUGCCCCCCCCUCGCCCCCCCCCCUCACUUUGUAAAAUCCUUUUUCUUUUUUUUCUUUUUUAAAGACAUUCGACAUGAACUGUUUUAAAAGUCCUCGCAGCA